CGAAGAAGAGCGAGAUGCGUCGGUUGUCAUGUGCAGUCGAUCGGGCGGUCAGCUGACGCAUCCGUCUCGCUUGUGAUGUUUACUUACUUUUGUCUUUCGCUUUAACAGGCGGUUGUUUCGACUUUUUUUGAAUGAAUGCAGCGCUAUGCUCGACCCAGGAGAGUCAUGGUCGUCGUGAACUCGGUGCUGAAGCUGCUACAGAGGCAGACCUACACCUGUCUGUCCCACCGAUACGGUCUCUACCUCUGCUUCGGGGGGCUCGUCCUCAUGAUCGUUUCCGCCUUUCAGUUUGGAGAGGUGGUGAUGGAGUGGAGUCGCGACCAGUACCAUGUGCUUUUUGACUCCUAUAGAGACAAUGUCGGUGGGAAAUCGUUCCAAAGCAGACUCUGCCUGCCCAUGCCUAUUGACGUUGUGUACACAUGGGUGAACGGCACAGAUGUGGCUCUGCUGAAGGAACUGAAGGCGGUCAAAGAGCAGCUGGAGGAGGAACAAAAAGCUCUGAGGGAACAACUGGGAAAAAAUGCGAAUGACACCACAGAAGUGCCAAAAGAUAGUGAUAAGCCUGAAUGCCUGCUGUCCCACUGCGUCGUGGCGCCCAUGCUGGCGCUGGAUCCCGCCCUGCCGGCCAACCUCACCCUCAAAGAGCUGCCAGCGGUCUCUGCCUCCUUCUCUGCUGCCAAAGAGCUGCUGAUCAUGAAGAAACCUUUCCACCUGCCCGUCAGCGUCUCCGUUGUUGUCUUUCAUUCGCAGGCUGAUGCUGAUAAAGCCUAUAAGGAUCUUUCCAGGGAAGUCCACAAAUUUUCUGUUUCCAGAUGCUAUCUUACGACGGAUAAAGAGGCUCCGGGUCUCAUCCACAUGCAGUCUCUGGCCUACCUGAGCGGCUUCCCGGCAUCGAUCAAGGAUACGGAGCAGCUGCGAGUCAAACUGCCUGCGGCCAUAACCGGCAAGAUCAAGCAGUUUGAGCUGUAUUCAGAGGCCAGCAUCGCCCUGCUUCAGCUGAAAACCCAGCAGGAUUUCACCGAUCUGAGUCAGCAGGCCAAAAAGAACCUGACUCUGGAUGGGAAAGAGUUGAGCAUCAGCCCUGCCUACUUGUUCUGGGAUCUCACAGCUAUCUCCCAGUCUAAGCAGGAUGAAGAUGUAUCUGCAAGCCGAUUCGAAGACAACGAGGAGCUGCGCUAUUCGCUGCGCUCUGUGGAGAAACACGCCCCCUGGGUGCGGCACAUCUUCAUCGUAACCAAUGGUCAGAUUCCCUCCUGGCUCAACCUGGAUAACCCCAGAGUUACCGUGGUGACGCAUCAGGAUAUUUUCCUGAACCGCUCCCAACUUCCAACUUUCAGCUCUCCUGCCAUCGAGACGCACAUCCACCGUAUCCCAGGACUCUCCCAGAAGUUUAUUUACCUCAAUGACGAUGUGAUGUUUGGCAAAGACGUUUGGCCAGACGACUUCUACAGCCACUCCAAAGGACAGAAGGUGUACCUCACCUGGCCGGUUCCUAACUGUGCCGAGGGCUGCCCAGGAUCCUGGAUUAAAGACGGAUAUUGUGACAAGGCCUGCAACAACUCGGCCUGCGACUGGGAUGGAGGAGACUGUCUCGGAACAGCAGGAAACAACCGCUUUCCUGCAGGGAACGGUGGUGGAGGGCCUGGAGGAGCAGGUGGACCGGUGUGGCAGAUCGGCGGUUUUGGAGGAAUUGGAGGGACGUCGUACUGCAAUCAAGGCUGCGCCAACUCGUGGCUGGCAGACAAGUUCUGCGAUCAGGCCUGCAACGUUCUCUCCUGUGGGUUUGAUGUCGGCGACUGCGGCCAAGAGCACUUUGGCGAGCUGCACCGUGUGACUCUGCUCAGAAACCAGAGCCUCUACACUCUCCCUCUGGGCGAGACCAGGCCGUAUUUCAGCUUCGACAAGCUGGCUCGCCGAGUCUCCGAGGCCCACGUCAAGGACAACCCCGUGGUCCGACACACAUCCGUCGCCAACAAGUGGAAGAGCAUUCACCUGCUGCUGUACCCGGGGCAAAACGCCACCCAGGUCCAGUACAACGUCACCUUCCAGACAGAGGGUGACACUCUGUUCACCAUGAUCUUCAGCGUCGCAGUCGACACGCGGGAGAUUCCUCAGACUAACGCCACUCGGGGCGGGAGCAAAGAGGCAGGAGAGGAGUCUAAGCUCACCCCGACAGCUGAGCCAGUUUUCCCAUUCUCGGAUAUUCCCGAGGAAAAACGAGGGCCGAAGAUCCAGAAGAACCAUCCUGCUGAAUCUCAGGCUCUGAUACAGGUUCCUUUGGUAAAUGUCUCGGUUUUACCACUUGUUGUGAGGAACGAGCUGGAAACGUUGGAGGAGAAACUUUUAAAUGGUGACAUUACGGUGAAGGGAUACAACCUCACCAAGGCUGAGCUUCUAAAGCCGUAUCGCAGUCUGACUGACACCAGCGUUCAGCCAGGCAGAGUCCAGGAUAAGGCCUCCAAAGGCCUGGAGGAAGACAAUCAGAUGAAGAAUAAUCAAAACUCUCAUCAGAAAAUCCCAAAGGAGUCUAAACCUACCCCUCCUCUCAUGCCGGUCCACAUCGAUAGUAAAAUAAAAAGUCUUUUAAGUCCUGAACGUUUUCCUUUGAAUCCUGUAAUUGAGAGGCCCAAAAUGUCGAAACUUCACAGCAACGUUUCCCAAAAGAGUGAGGAGAUUCGAGGGGAGCCGCCUGCAGUCGGGAGGAAGCUCCAGCACUUCGUCUCCUCAGAUCGAGGCUUUCUGCCGUGGGAGAGGAGGAAAUACUUCCAGGCCUUGCUUGAGGAGGAGGAGCGUCUUCUGAGCGAGUUAUCGUACAGGACGGACAGUGGAGCGACCGAGCGAAAGCUGCAGGACACCUUCGCCGACUCGCUGCGCUACGUCAAUAAGCUGCUCAACGGCCAGUUCGGCUUCACGUCGCGCAAAGUCCCCGCUCACAUGCCGCACAUGAUUGACCGUCUCGUCAUGCAGGAGCUCCAGGACACAUUUCCCGAAGAGUUCGACAAAACCUCAGCGCACCGCGUUCGUCACUCUGAGGACAUGCAGUUCGCCUUCUCCUAUUUUUACUUCCUGAUGAGCGCCCAGCAGCAGCUGAACGUCUCAGACGUGUUUGACGAGGUCGACACCGACCACUCCGGCGUUCUGUCGGACAGAGAGAUCCGAACUCUUGCCACCAGGAUCCACGAGCUUCCCCUCAGCCUCCAGGAUCUGACGGGUUUAGAGCAAAUACUGAUAAACUGCUCUAAAACCCUCCCCACUAACCUGACCCAUCUGCACCUGGUGAGCCCCACGCAGGAAGCCUAUUAUGAUCCCAACAUGCCUCCCGUCACUAAAGGCCUGGUCCUUCACUGCAAACCCAUCACAGAGAAAAUUCAUAAAGCUUUCAAAGACCAGAACAAAUACAAGUUUGAGACAAUGGGAGAGGAAGAGAUCGCUUUCAAGAUGGUGCGGACCAACGUGUCCCAUGUGGUUGGCCAGUUGGACGACAUCAGGAAGAAUCCCAGGAAGUUCAUCUGUCUGAAUGAUAACAUCGACCACAGCCACAAGGACGCUCCCACUGUGAAGGCCGUGCUGAGAGAUUUCUACGAGUCCAUGUUCCCACUGCCGUCCCAGUUCGAGCUUCCCAGAGAAUACCGCAACAGGUUCCUGCAUAUGGAAGAGCUACAGGACUGGCGGGUUUACCGGGACAAGCUGAAGUUCUGGACCCACUGCGUCCUCGUGACUCUUGUCGUCUUCACCAUUAUGUCCUUCUUCGCCGAGCAGCUCAUUCUGCUGAAGCGGAAACUGUUCCCCAGACGCAGACUUACCAGAGACAGCAACCCAGAGCGAGUGUAAAAGAGGAAGACCGUCUUGUCCUCCAUGAAAGUCGUCCUCCACGCCUUCUGCCCUCAUAGGAAGAGAGGCCAGGAAGCAAUCUGGGUGGACGCAACAGUCUGGACUGCUGAGAGCAGCAUUCUUCUGAAUGUGGGAAGAUACUGCAGCCAAACUAAAUCAAGAAGUUGAAUUUUCUUCCACUGGGGGCAUUGAAGUCAGACACACAGCACUCCUGCAUCAGAUCCUGCCUUCGCAUUGACUCAGACAAAUGUACUGUUAAAUUAUGAAACUUUUUCCAGCAAGUUGUAUUAUAGGAGGCUCAAAUUGCACCUGUAUUUUAUAAUGGUACAAACUUCUAGAAUUUUUUGUUUUAAGGUAAAUAUGUUUUUGUGUUUAAAAGACAUCUAAAAAUGUCGCCUUUGCUGCUGCGAGUAUCUUGGGAGUCAAAAAAAAGUGUUGCUUUUACAACCUUGUAUUUUUGUUUGUUUUAAAGAUGUAAAGAUUUGGGUACAUGUAUUUAAGUUGUGGCCGUUUCAACCUUUGCUGUCUUGGAAAACAUGAAGUGCCUUCGUUGUUUAUUCCUGUUGGAUUUGAACAUUUUCUUUUAAUUGUCACCCACACCUGACCGGGUUUACAGAAACAAUGAGUCAGAUGCUGGUUGCCAUCAUUACUGUAUGCGAUUGUUUGAUGAUGUGCGGUAUUUCUGCGGCCUUCACGGCUCCCGUAGGUGUGUCCCUGUGGGACUCGGCAGACUCGCUUCUGUCUGACAUUCAGACCACCUCAACAUGUUCUCUAACUUAUUUUCACUUAUUGUGACGGCGUCUAAUGCAUUGGUAAUGUCUUAUAAAUUGCUCAUCAUUUUUUCAAACUCCCGAUUGUCCGUUUUAACAAUUUUCUGGAUUAUAUUGACAGAAAUGAGAGCGAUUAACUCGGAACAUAUAGUCUGACUAUUCACUUCAAAGCUUCGUGCAGGCUUCCUCAAAUAGACCAAGAUUCUUCCGGUAGAAUUUCAGCCGGGCCAAUCAGCGAACAGAAUGAGAAGUUUAAACGAUUACGUCAUCGAUUGCUUUUUCUGCCUAUAGCAAUGGCGGCGGUACGAAGCCGUUCAUCCCGUGUUGAAUUAACUUCAAUAGCCAUCUUGUUCGGCGCGGUACUUCUCCCCAUUUGUUGUUUACAGCGCAGGCGAUUUCCAGUAAGCUUCAUAGCGCCUAAGUGGCGCAUUACAUAACGGGCAAAUGUUAGCGGUUGGGUGAAAUUUCAAACUAAAUAACCAAGAGUCCAGACUUCCUUACAAAGCAAAACGUGUAACAGUUGACUCUGGAAUGGACUAUUCAGUAAAUAUCAAGGGUGCCCUUUCUUUUAUUACUUACUAAAUAAUCCAAUUUUAACGUCUUGAGUGUACAGGACUUUUUUUUUUUAAGAAGUACUGGAAGUCCAAGUGUCUGAUUAUCGUCUAAUAUUGCUCAGCAUCAGUUUGAAGAAUGUUUUGUAUUAUGCGAGAGACGAUUCAGUGCCAUUCAGUGUUCCGAGAUGCUAAAGAACAUAUCUGGGAAUGGGAAUUUUCAGUGGUUUGUCACAUUUAAAUAAAUUUUUACUGGGUCAGUCA